GUCGCACGUCGGGCAUUCAGUAGGACUCGGCCAUUUCUCUCGCGAAGCACAGCGACUCGCUCGGCCGCGCGACGUUUUUUUUUUUCGCGACCACAUCGUGCGGGUACUCCCGGAAGUUUUGCAAAAUAACGCGACGCAAAAGGAUGAUACACUCCGGGCGCACCAGGCUCGAGAAAAAAGUAAGUCGCGUGGGAGUGAUAGGAAGGGGCCAGGUCGGCCAACAGGCGGUCCAAGAUUCCGGUUCCGGCGGACAAUGGUGGCGGCAGCAGCAUCCUUCCUAUUAUCAUCAUCAUCGCCAACAUCAUCACCAUUAUCAUCAUCAGGCCGGUUACUCUACAUCGCAAUCGCACACUCACAACAACCCUGUCACUACCAUGAAGCAAUCCUACAUGCAGCUAACAUGGGUGUUUCACGAUGACGAGGCGCAGAUUAACAAGAAACUGCCAAAAGAAUUGCUACUCAGAAUUCUUUCGUACCUCGAUGUCGUAUCGCUAUGCCGUUGUGCCCAAGUAAGCAAGGCCUGGAACGUGUUAGCGCUCGAUGGGUCCAAUUGGCAGAGGAUCGAUCUCUUCGACUUUCAACGAGAUGUGGAGGGACCAGUAAUAGAAAAUAUCUCGAGGCGUUGCGGCGGAUUCCUCAGGCAGCUCUCCCUCAGGGGUUGCCAGAGCAUCGGCAACAACUCGAUGCGUACCUUAGCCCAAUCGUGUCCUAAUAUCGAGGAGCUUAAUCUGAGCCAGUGCAAGAAGAUCUCGGACGCGACCUGCGCGGCUCUCAGUAGUCAUUGCCCCAAGCUCCAGCGACUGAAUCUGGACUCCUGUCCCGAGAUAACGGAUAUUUCCCUGAAGGAUCUCUCGGACGGUUGCCCGCUGCUCACCCACAUCAACCUCUCGUGGUGCGAGCUGCUCACCGACAACGGGGUGGAGGCGCUCGCCAGGGGUUGCCCGGAACUCCGUAGCUUUCUCAGCAAGGGAUGCCGCCAGCUGACGGAUCGGGCUGUAAAGUGUUUAGCGCGCUAUUGUCCUAAUCUCGAAGCAAUCAAUCUACACGAAUGCCGGAAUAUAACAGACGACGCAGUUAGAGAACUCAGCGAGCGGUGUCCACGGCUGCAUUAUGUUUGCCUGUCGAAUUGCCCCAAUUUAACGGAUGCGUCGUUGGUCACUCUGGCACAACACUGUCCACUUCUCAGUGUACUCGAGUGCGUCGGGUGCACCCAUUUCACGGACGCGGGCUUUCAGGCUCUCGCGAAAAACUGCAGACUACUCGAGAAGAUGGAUUUGGAAGAGUGCCUUUUAAUAACCGACGCCACCCUCAUUCACCUCGCGAUGGGCUGUCCAAGAUUGGAGAAACUGAGUCUGUCGCAUUGCGAGCUGAUCACUGACGAAGGUAUCCGCCAGCUGGCUCUGUCGCCAUGUGCGGCGGAACACCUAGCCGUCUUGGAGCUGGACAACUGCCCGCUCAUCACGGACGCCAGCCUGGAUCACCUGCUGCAGGCCUGCCACAAUCUUGAGCGUAUCGAGCUUUACGACUGCCAACUGAUUACCAGAGCUGGCAUACGUAGACUCAGAACCCAUCUACCCAACAUAAAGGUGCACGCGUAUUUCGCACCUGUGACCCCUCCGCCCAGCGCGGGAGCCUCGCGACCACGAUACUGUCGGUGCUGCGUCAUUCUGUGAUUCUGCCUUCAACUAACUCCGAAGUAAAUCGUCCGAUAUACCGACGGGAUUAGUGGACUCUUAUCGGUGGUCGCCGGCUAACCCGGCGAUUGUGGGACCUCUCUUUGGCGGUCACCAGAGAAAAGCGACUCUGGUCGCCGCCCGUCAUUGACAGUGAGGAAUGGGACUCGUUGUCAAUCCCAAAUCCUUAAAUCGAUUCGAGCUCCUCACGCAACGAGUGAAGUACGUCACCAUCACCAACACAGCCACUGCUGCUACUACUGCAAUUACCACUACGACCGCUGCUGCUACUAUCAUCAUUACUACUCUACUAUUACUACUAUUCUAUCACUACUACUACUUCUACUACUACUACUACCGCUGUUACUACUUACGAUUAUUUCUAUUUGUACUACGUUAUCGUGAUAGUACGCGCAUCGCUGCUAUCCCUCGGUUAUUACGUGCGGCGAGUAGUUUGCGAAGGAAAGAAAUUCUCAGGUUUCCUUAGUGAUAUUGUUUCUGUGAUGAUCCUAAUUUGGCGUCACGCUUGUCCGCGGUUAAGGCACGACGGCGCGCUUUCUCAGCCUCUAUUCACUCGCGCGAUACCCGUGUACACGCCGAGCGACGUAUAUUUGAAAGGCGCGGCUUCUUUCGAUUAGAGACGCGCUCUCGCGUGUGGAUACGCGCGCCGUGUAUUUUAGCUAGCGAGCUCUACGCAAGCAGCAUGUUUAUCGAUUCAUGUCGGUCGAUAAGCACAAGAUACUUAUUUUGAGAUAUGCGUAAAUAUCUUAUAAAUAUAUUAAACUGUGCGCCCGCGCGACGACGGGCGCUACGAGCAGGACUUUAGCAGCGACGGGGGGAGAGUGGCGGCGGGAUGGCGAGAGUCCGGUAUAUAAUUACGUGGGGAUUGUAUCCGAAGAAAAUUCACUUCCGCACACACACACAUCCCGCGCGGGCGUAGUGAGUGUACGUGCGUAUGUGUAUGCGCGUGUGUAACCGUAGCAGUUUCUCAACGAACACUGCCUCUAAUGCUAUUGAUAAACGAGAGAAAAGGGAAAAAAGUAAAAAAAAAAGAUACGAAGAAAAAAAAAGAUAAACACGGUAUAGCGACCGCGAAUCGAAUCUCGUCGUGAUAUUAGGAUAUUACUAUCGUUUUAUCGUGUAGUGGAACGCGAAACGUCAACACGUUAUAACGCGAACGUUUCGGUUCGGGAAAAGUAAAUAUAUAAAAAAAAGUUUCUUCUCGGUGUCUGUUUAAAAGGAAAAAAAAACGAAAAAAAGAAAGAAAAAAGUAUUAAUGAUCGCGCAUACACGAUUUACCGAGCGACACCUACGAAUUUCUUUCCUUUCGUAAGAGAAUGCGUGUCGCGGAGACUCCUAUAAUCGCCGCAAUUCUCAAGGGCGCACAAUUUUCAACGACGGAAAUUUCGACGUAUCAUUGUGAUUGUGGACACUCGAGGUAGAAAUGAGAGAGAGAGAGAGAGAAAGAAAGAGGAAGAAGAUAAGAAAGGGAGAGAAGGAGAAAGAGAGAGACGCUCGAGUAACGUCUUUCAGGAAACUCGCGGUGGAGACUACCGCUGAUUGGCGUGUCAGCGGUGGCACGCGAGAAAGAUGCAUUUUAAUAUCGAUUCGCGGACAGACGGUAUUCCGUCCGCGAGUCGUAACCUACGAAUACCCACGUACAUAACGUAAAAGAAAAAAAAAGUAUCACCUUUUCUCCUCGACAGGCUCCGGACAUCUUUCCCCUUUUAUUUUUCUUUUCUCUUUUAUUUCCUUAUUUUUUGCGUCUUUUUUUCCUUUUUUUUUAACUUGUCAUGGACUAGGAGAGCACAGACUGACAAACGAAUCAAAGCGUUAAUGUGUUAAAAAUCGAUUAACUUCGCGCUGGCGGCGCGAGCACGCCGGCGGCUGGUUUUUACUUUUUAAGCCUAGGUUAAAACGUGUAUAGCGGCGGUGUAAACGAAGCCACACGCCACGGACGUAUCGCGAAGCGGUAAUCUGCGAUCUCCUGCGAUUUACGCGAACUGACCCCGGAUACUCCGUGACAGUACAGUGACGAUGUGCCCGAUGGUGAGAAACAAACUAAAACAAACGAAACGAAAGGGAGACAAAGAAGUUGACAUAGAAAGAAAAAGAAAGAAAGAGAGAGAGAGGCAGAUGGACUACUAAUUCUUGACUCAGCGCGCGUGAAGUCCGACUCGCAAAGAGACCGGCGCGAUUUCUCAACCGGAUUACGGUAUUGUUCGAAGCGCGCGUAUGCGGCGCAGACGAGAGCCGACUUGCAUGACGACGGUGCCCUCGCAAAAGCGCUGCAAAGACGACGAGCAGCUUGUGUUUAAGAGACACGUUAAUAUCGACGGCUCAUCGAGACGGGAAACGGACAUCCCCCCCUCGGGGACUCGACGAACCCCUUGACACAUGUGAAUGGCGAUUUCCCAUACGAUUUGAUUGCGCACAGGGAGGAGAUCCCACGGCGCCGGUUUCCUCGAAGUUCUCGCGACACGGAACAUUUGGGUUCGAGUCGACAAAGUUUAUUUUGAAUAAAAGACACUCUACACACAUUGGCUAUAUAUAUUUUUAGAGGCGUAAUCUUGCCAGAUUUUUACGGGCAGGCCGAGGGACGCAGUUUGUGGAGGGUGGCCGGUGAAAGACCAAAAAAAAAUAAUAAAGAGAAACAAAAGCGGAGUGACGAAGGAGAGUAAAUGAAACACAGAGGAGAUGAGCUGAGACGAGAAGAGGGGAGAGGAGAAACGCCGGAGGCGAGAGAGACAACAUUUCCAAGCGGUCCAGUUUCGAAGUGCAAUAUCCGCUAGCGAGAGACGCACCUCGUUUUCCUUCCUCUGUCUUUGAUUCGUGGUAUCGCGAACGUGCGAACCCGACUAAUACGACGCAUGGCGUGUGCCGUUGCAUUGAGAAAAGGACAGCGAGGAAGAGAGAGAAAGAGAAAGAAAGAGAAGAGAGAGAGAGAGAGGGGGGAGGGGACGGGGACAGGAAGGAAGAAGUAUCGACUGUUAAUCCUUGGUAGCGUGUAAGAGACGUACCGCGUAUACAUAUAUUGAGCAUAGCGUGUCACAGAAAAUAACGGAUGCGGCAACCUAGAUAUAUACACCAGUAAAAAUAAAUAUAUAGAUAAGAUAUGUUUUAUACGCUGCAUGUCAUCCCUAGUGGAAUAACGUGAUCAUUGUAACGUAUCGUUCGAAGUCAAGUUAAUAAUUAAGCAAUGUACGUUACUCGCGCACGAUGACGUAAGCCGCGGCGGUACACACCGCAGCCCGCGAUGCGCGGACGAGGGGGAUGUUCCCGCCGCGAUACCGUUGCGCGAAUCUCAACGCGAGAGAACGAGCGCGUCGCGCGCUCUCUCUCCUCCCUCCCUCCCUCGUAGGAGGGCGUCUCGGCGCGGUCGUUCCUCACCCCGCGCGGAUCGCAUCGAUCGCUCUCCGCGAUUCUCUCCGCUCGUCGAAGGGAGAAGGGCGAAUCCAAGUUACGCGAUCGCGUAACUUCCAUCGACGCAGGAAGACUCGACGGGCUCUCGCGCGAGAAACCCCGCGACGGUUUCGCGCGAGAGACGAAGAGAUAGGGAGAGAGCGAUCGGUCGAUCGAUCCCGGCCGAGUCGCGCCGCUGUCGCUCGAGCGCGAGCCAAGCUCGAGAUACAAAAAGUCAAUCGCAGUGCCUGAAAUGUAACAAAGCUAAUCUGUAUCUGAAAAAAAAAAAAAAGAGAAAUUGUCGUUGACGCGCGGUUACCGUUCGCCGCGGGACGCGAGCUCUCCCCCGCGCGACAGGUCGUAACAAUGUAUUGUUUGGCUGAACCUAAGCUUGACUCGGCGCCGGGGCGUCAGCGGACGGGAUCCUGGACACGGUGGGAGCUUCGCGGGCGGAAACUCCUCGCAGAGACGUCCUCGUCGCGUCGGUCGUCGUUAUUAAUGAAUUCAGUAUCGCCAUCAAGCAGUGAAUUCGAUGGCGAUCGUCGUUGCGCGACCAGGACGGCGACGCGAACGAGGACGAGACGCGAGAGAAGAGUCUCGGGAAUCCCGGAGACCACGAACGUGCGGAAAUUGCUGACGAUUUUCAGAUCGUGACAUCCGUCUGAAUAUCUGUAAACUGAGGAGGGGAGGGAAGGAGAGUGAAGAGGGGCAGAGUACCAUCACCUUUCGAUGAUCGCCACUUACAGUUUAAUCGAUUGUAAUAAUCAUCCGCAGUUGUGAGCGUUGAAACGUGUUGUAACGAUAAUUAAGGGGAUAAGAGAUCGAAGCGUUGAUGCCGAGUGAUCGAGCAAUUGUCUGGCUGUGUAAGUAGAAUAGGAAGAGAAAGAAAGAGAGAUAGAGUGAACGAGAGCGAGCGAACGAGAGCGAGAGAGAAACGCGAGCGAGAGUAAAAGGAGUGAAAGGGCGAGAGGGUGUGAAAGAGAGACAAAGAUUGAGAUAUUAAUCGAAGUCAGCGAAAGUAUUCUGGUACCCGUUGCGUGUUUCGACGGAUUGACACCACGGUCAGUCUCGUGAUAGCGCGACACAAACCGAUUCGUCGUCGUCGGAUCGGAUCGAAUCGGGUCGGGUCGAGUCGGGCGGAUCGGCCGUUAUUAUUGAGAGAGCGUCUUCCGUUUGAGAGACAACGGAGGACUCCGACAACAAAAAAAAAACGAAAGACAAAACAAAGAAACAGCAAUGUUCUACGUACAACAA